AACUCCAAAACACAGUCAUAGACAAUACACAUACCACAAACAGAGUCUCUAAGAUUAUUAAACAACAGAGACAUACAUACGCCCAUUAAUAUCAACACAAAACACAACAACAACAUUUUCUGUAACAAAUUAGAAAGAAAAAAAAUAACCUUUUUCUUUUUCUCUCUCUUCAUCCCAGCUAUGCAGCAGAGUGAAAUGGGUUUACCAUGGCGUUACUAAGAAUGGUUCAAUCUCACUCUCACUCUCAGCACAACAACAACAACAACGACAACGGUGGGACCCACCACUUGCUCAAUCCAGUACUCCAUGAUUUUCUCGGCAUGAAACCAUCUGAUACUUCCGCCGAUGUUAGGUUACCGGAGACAUCAGUCUCAGCUUCCUCCGCCGGUGCACGUGGCCCUUUUUCCACCACCUCUGAAACUGUUUCUGAAAAGCAGGUAGGGAAUCAUCUUGAGGGAGUUCCAUUCUAUGGCCCAAGAAGUGAUUUUACUGGCACUGAGAUAAGUAACAGACUAGUGGGGAACAAGAGAAGUAAUUCUGAUUCUUCUUUUAUGGGUUCCUCCAGAGAUGCCUUCCAAAUGGUCCCUGACUCCUUUCAAAACUCACAUUUGAUGAAGGUCCUCCGAAAUGCGUUUGGCGGAGAGAGGUCUAGAAGGCCUAAUGACGAUGAAGUGUUACAUGCUAUGCAGUCAAUGAAGCCAUCUUCUAGUUCUCAGAUAUUUCAUCCUCCAUCCACCACUAAGCUUGAUGCAAACAAAUGGGAACGGUCUAUUCUCACGAACAUUGGCCCUUCUAUGCAGCAUCCUCCGCGUGGAGGGCAGUUGAUGACUCCUCUUGCACACCAAUUAGCUUCAAAUAAGAUUAGGGAUACCAAUGCCGGUCCUUCAUUUAUCUCUCAGUCUGCUGCUGAUGAAGGAUCAAGAACCGGAAUCAAAGGCCCCGGAGUUUUAAGUUCCAUAAACACAUCUGCUACUGCUACUGAUAAAAUUUCAUCUGCAGUGCUACUCGGCGGAAGCAGGCCAAAACCUCUAACGAAUAUAGUAGAAUCAUUCACACCCCCAAGUCAACACGGGCUAACAUCUGCCAGCCGCCAGAUGACUAUUUUUUACGGAGGUCAAGCGCAUGUUUUUGAUGAUGUCCACCCACAUAAGGCAGAUGUUAUAAUGGCUCUGGCUGGUUCAAAUGGUGGAUCUUGGUCCACGGCAUUCUCGCCGAAAACUACUGCAAAACUAACUAAUGAAAGUAACUUGCAUAGUGGAGAAAAUGAAACAGGAUUAGUGAGUAAUGUGGCAUUCACACAAGAGCAUCAUGGGAAGUUGUCUGUUACCGGCAGUUCUAGUCGUGCUGUUGGGGGGCUUGGUGAUCGGGUAUCUACUCCAGCUGGGGUACACCAAGGAAGCAUUUUUGCUAAAGAUACAAGAAAUCCGGUUCAAGCAGCUGAUCCCAGUUCCGAAGACAAAAGAGCAUUGUGAAUAGAGUUUGAGGCUGAAAUGCUUAUGUCAAAUUUUCUCAUGAUCUUUCAAGUACUAUUUUUUUAAAUUUUUUUUUAUAAAAAAAGAGAAGAUUAUGUAGCAAGAGUAGGAUAAUUGUUUAAAGAGACUUAACAGAUACAUCAGCUAAAUUUAUGAACUGUUUUCAGGUAUCUUAUUUAGCAGUGUUUCUAAA